UGUGCAUAACCUACUCUUCCUCCUCUGUGGCCCCCACGGAAAUCCUCUGUCCGUCGACUGAGACUCCCGCGUUCAUCACUACGUAUCGUCCGCACGCGCUCAUCAACUUAUAAUCUUCCAACUGGGUUAUCCAGAUCAUCCCAUCCUUCCUCGUUAAGGAACUGCCAGCCAGUCCCACCUUCCCUUUUUUUAUUCAAAUUUGGCCAACAUGGGGAAUUCUGAAUUGCCCAAUUGCCUGCUAUGCCUCAAAUUCUGUAUACGAUUUCGAUUGUGAAGCCCGCUUCUGUUUUCAUGCAAUUCAGGACGCUGGUUUGAUUGAACGCUCGACCAUGUCGAUUCUCGGGUCCUUCUUCAACAGGGGUUUUAUGGCUUCCAAAUGCAAAACACUACUGAAGCUGACAAUUCCGCGUAUAAAGUUGCUAAGAAACAGAAGAGAGAUUCAACUAAAGCAAAUGCGACGUGACAUUGCCAAGCUCCUUGAGACUUGUCAAGAAGCUACUGCUCGAAUUAGGGUGGAACAUAUUAUCAGAGAGGAGAACAUGAUAGCUGCUCAAGAGAUCAUUGAAUUGUUUUGUGAACUUAUUGUAGUCCGCCUUCCCAUAAUUGAAUCACAAAGGGAAUGCCCUCUAGAUUUGAAGGAAGCAAUAUCUAGUAUAUGUUUUGCUGCGCCAAGAUGUGCUGAUCUGCCAGAGUUGUUGCAGGUGCAACUACUAUUUGCAUCCAAAUAUGGAAAGGAAUUUGUAUCAGCGGCAACUGAGCUCAUGCCAGAUUGUGGGGUUAAUCGCCAGUUAAUAGAGCUUCUAUCUGUACAUGCUCCAUCUCCAGAAAAGAAACUGAAUCUUCUGAAAGAAAUUGCAGCUGAGCAUGAGAUAGAUUGGGAUCCAGCUGCUUCAGAAACUGAGCUCUUCCAAAAACAAGAAGACUUGCUGAAUGGCCAAACACAAAUUUCUACCGAGCCUAAAUUGCUCCUUCCUGAAGAAAAGCACAAUGAAACAUCAUACUCUGCUCCCGACCAGCCUGACCGAGAACAACCUGAUUCUGAUUCUGAUUCGGACUCUGGCUCUGGUUCUGACACAUUGGAAUUUCCUGAAGUUCCUCAACCACCAGUGCUCUCAAAUCUAAAUGUUGCCACAGCUCCAGAAAUGGCCACUCCUCCGGUUUUCCCACACCGUGAAGUUGAAUUUCUCUCGUCAAGCCAUUCUGGAAUCAUACAUAAAGACGAACCUCAAACCUCUGCUAGAAUGGAUAAUAAGCAGUUUGUGCCAUUUAUCUCUCCUCCAUUUGUAUCGCCGGAAUCAUCCAACACAAGACAUGGUGACUCACUUCCUUCCCUUAUGACGAAGUCUGAGGCCGAUGUAGACUUAAAGGAUGUGUUGGAUGCUGCUCAAGCUGCUGCUGAAACUGCUGAACGGGCAGCAGCUGCAGCUCGGUCAGCAGCUAGUCUUGCAGAAGUCCGCAUUAACGAGCUUACCAAGAGAAAUGUUGGACACGAAACAGACAGUACCUCUGAGAAUCCAUUCCACACUGGUGGUUCUCACCAUUCUGCAACAACAAAAAUGGGACUUUUCAGUGAGCAAAAUACUUCUAGUGACUAUGAUGGCAACUUUAUGAAUGAACUGGAAUCUCAUAAGGAUUAUAAUCCAGCUCCGUCAGCAGCGAGUCUUGAACAAGUCCACAAUAGUGAUCUUACUAAGAAAAAGAGUCUGUGUGAGACAGAUGAUGCCUCUGAGAAUCCAUUCUAUGCUAAUAGCGCAAAUCGAUCUAUAGCAAUAGAAGGGGGACUUUUCAGUGAGCAAAAUACUUUUAGUGAUUAUGAUGAUCAUGGUGUGGAAGACCUGAAAACCCGUCAGGCUAAUAGUGCCUCCCCAGGACCUCAGUCAUCAAGUUCUCCUUCAAAUGACACUAUCAAGGCAGAGCAUUAUUCUUCACUUCCCAAUUAUGGAACACUGGAUGACAGAUCAUCUAGUCUCCGGUUUAGGAAUUUACCUUCGAUGGAAGAUGAUUUAUAUUCCUCGUACCCCAAUUUAUUUACCUUUCCGAACUCAAAUAACGGACCUCAGACUGGUUUGGAUAAUCAUCACUCCAAUUCAUGAUCUGUGACGGGGAAUUCUGGCUUUAAGGUCUUCACACUACAUGCCAUGGCUGCCUCUGCAUCAGUGAACGCUCAAUCUUUUUUGGUAUCCCGAAGUUGUUUGAUGGUGGCUGAGGCUAUAAUGAAUGUGAAGAACCAAUCUUGUAUUGAAAAUAAGGAAUUUUAAUUCCGCGGUUUCAUAGGCAGCGUA